CUGGCAUGAUUUUCGGGACAACCGUGAUCUUUGGUCUGCUCUUCAUCAUGGCACUCCUCCCCGAUAGCCUGGCCAGUAGAAUCGCAUGUGUCAAAUGCGGUGACGACGCAUACGAAAGGAUUACACCUGACUAUCCUCGCUCAGCAAGUUGUGACGAGCCCAUAUCAGCAACCGAGGUCUGUCGGGUGACCCGUACGAAGAUGUACUACCGAUGUCGCGACAAGAGCUGCGGGGCAAUAUCUGUGAAGAACAAACAAUGUCCAGCUGCUAAGCCCGAAGGCUGCAAACAUGAAACUAGCAGGCUAUAUUUGAGAUCAGAGGAGACCGUGACCCCACCCUCUCAUGAAACACCCCCUUCGCAAGAGGGAGGCCCUUCGGGAGAAAUUCCCUCCGAAAUGAUUGGGGAUGUCAGGUUCUUCCACUUCCUCUAG